UGGAUGAAGAAUGAACAGAUGAAAACAUCGGAACACCAACACCCUCCAAAACCCUCAUAGCCGUUGAACAAAACAGAAAGCAAAUGAACUCUUCGUUGAUGCUUCGACGCUUUUUCACUCUCAAUGCAACUUCUUCUUCUUCUGCUUCUCUCAAACCCCCCUCCAAGAGGAAGCAACUCGUCUUCCUAGGCUCCCCUCAGGUUUCUGCAGCCGUGCUUGAUGAUCUUUUCAAUGCCUCCACUGCUCCAGACUCGAUGUUUGAGGUUGCAGCAAUUGUUACUCAGCCACCUUCUGGAAGAAAUAGAGGGAGAAAGGUGAUGCCUUCCCCAGUUGCACAGCAUGCUCUUGACAGAGGCUUCCCCUCUGACCUCAUUUUCACACCUGAAAAGGCUGGAGAGGAAAUAUUCUUGUCCAGUUUAAGAGCUUUACAACCUGAACUUUGCAUUACAGCAGCAUAUGGAAAUAUUCUACCUAGAAAAUUUCUUGAGAUUCCACCAAUGGGAACAGUCAAUAUACACCCAAGUCUGCUGCCUCUGUACCGUGGUGCUGCUCCUGUUCAAAGAGCAUUGCAGGAUGGCGUUAAAGAAACAGGAGUAUCACUGGCAUUCACAGUCCGUGCUCUGGAUGCUGGACCUGUCAUUGCCUGUGAAAGAUUUGAAGUUGAUGACCAAAUUAAGGCAACUGAUUUACUUGCAUUGCUAUUUUCUCAAGGAUCUAAGCUUCUGAUCCAUGAACUUCCCUCUAUAUUUGAUGGAUCAGCAAACCUGAAAGCACAACCCCAAGAUGACUCCAAAGCAACUUUGGCUCCAAAGAUAACACCUGAAGAAUCAUGGCUAUCCUUUGAUCAAGAAGCUUCAGUACUGCAUAAUAAGGUUCGUGCAUUUGCAGGAUGGCCAGGAACCCGAGCUAAAGUGGUAGUCAUUGACGACAAAAAUGGAGAGCACAAUGUUCUGGACCUUAAAAUUAUCACUACAAGAGUUUGUGGGCAGAGCAACAUUCAGGUGAACGAAGCAGAUGACGUGAGGUUCAUUAAGGAUGCAUUGGUAUUUCCAUGCAGUGGAAGCAGCGCCCUUGAGGUACUGGAAGUUCAGCUGCCGGGUAAAAAAGUGGUAAACGCGGCGGCCUUCUGGAAUGGCUUAAGAGGCCAAAGGCUGAAGAUAUUAGGAUGAGGGAGUUUUUCCACCUGGUCUCACCUCUUAUUAUUGUUUGGAGGCGGAGGCUCAUUCAUGGAGUCUGCAAUUCAUUUCAAAGUUUUGGAAUUUUUCAUUUCAUUCCAAAUACAAAAUCGAAUCCCUUGUGCCAGAUAACACUCACUUCUUAGGUCUUGUUUGGAUUGACUUAUAAGGGUUAAAAACACCUUUUUAAGCUUAAUAAAAUAUUCUAUGUCUAUUUAAUCAA